UCACAGAGUAAAAAUAUUGUCUGGCAUCUCUUGAUGCCAUAAUUUUGGUAUAUUUGUUAGAUUUUGCUGAAGCCUUUAAUUUUUGGUAUUGCACAGUGAAUAAUAGUGAUAAAAGUGUGUUUUGUGACAUUCAUAGGAAUUGAGUUUCAUCAAAAAUGGCUAAUAUUGGCCCUAAGAAAGACGGCGCGCCAAAUGUAGAAUAUUUCCAGUCACCGGAAUCGCUAGCGCAAUUUGAUCAAAUUCGUGUUUGGUUGCAGAAAAAUUGCAAAAAGCAUGUCCAAACUGAUCCACCGACAAAGGAGGGCUUGGCCCAACUGGUCAUCCAGCUCAUCCAGUACCAGGAGAACAAGCUGGGGAAGAAUGCGGCUGAUCCACCGUUUUUGAGGCUUCCAAUGAAAGUGUUCAUGGAUAUGAAGCCGGGCGGGUCGCUCUGCACGGUGCUCGCCACCAUGUUCCGUUUUAAGUCGGAGCAGCGGUGGCGCAAGUUCGACUUCCAGGUCGGUAAGAACCCGUCGCGCAAGGACCUGAACGUGCAGAUGAUGAUGGAGAUCGAGUCGUCGCUGCUGGCGGCGGAGGUGGUCCGCUCGCCCAGCGUCUUUAUUCGGCCCGAUGUCGACAAGACCACCGCCAACAAGAUCAAGGACAUCGUCGUUAACCGACAGGGAGAGAUAUGCGAAGACGAAGAGGACGCGACGCACGUCAUCUACCCGAACGUGGAUCCGGUGGAGGAGGAGUACGCGCGGCCGGUGUUCCGGCGCGGCCCCAACGUGCUCGUGCACUGGUACUACCUGCCCGACAGCCACGACACCUGGGCGCAGGCCGACCUGCCGGUUGACGUGCCGGAGACGGCCAACUGGGAGUGCACGCGCAGCGAGCCGUGGCGCGUGACCGCGGCGUGGGUGCUGGACCUACCGCAGUACAACGAGUGGAUGAACGAGGACGACUACGAGGUGGACGCCGCCGGCAAGAAGAAGGUGCAUAAGCUUCGUCUAUCCGUGGAGGAGCUGAUGCCGGGCGGUGAGACGUCCAGCAAAGGCAAGAAGGGCAAGCGCAAGCGCUCGCCCUCACCGCCGCCGCAGAAACAAGCCAAGAGAAAGAGCCGCUUGACGAAGAAGCGCGACAACGACGGCGACGACGAGGAGGACGCCGCGUCGCGCGACAACACCGACGUCGCGCCCACGCCCGAGCCCGAGCGCCCGCCCGAGAAAGAAACCGCCGCCUUGGAGCCGGCGCCGGCGGAGGCGCCCGCCGAGCCGGCGCCCGCCACGCCCGCGCCCGCGCCCGCGCCCGCGCCCGUCCUGGACGCGCACGACGACUCGCAGGGCAAGCACAGCGACUCCAACACGCAGGAAACGACGGUGAAGGAGGAACCGGAAGACAACGUGACAGACCAGACGCACCACAUCGUGGUUCCGUCGUACUCGGCCUGGUUCGACUACAACUCCAUACACACCAUCGAGAAGCGCGCCCUGCCGGAGUUCUUCAACGGCAAGAACAAGUCCAAGACGCCCGAGAUCUACCUCGCUUACAGGAACUUCAUGAUCGACACAUACCGGCUGAACCCCACGGAGUACUUGACGAGCACGGCGUCGCGGCGCAACCUCGCCGGCGACGUGUGCGCCAUCAUGCGCGUGCACGGCUUCCUGGAGCAGUGGGGGCUCAUCAACUACCAGCUGGAGGCGGAGUCGCGGCCGACGGCGAUGGGCCCGCCGCCCACGUCGCACUUCCACGUGCUGUCCGACACGCCGUCCGGCCUGCAGCCGCUCAACCGCGCCGCCUUGCCGAGACCAGUGGAGACCGCGGCGGUGCCGAAGACGGAGGCGGGUCUGCCGAACGGCGUGGACACGACGGCUCCGGCCGCCGCCGUCAAGGUCGAGAACCUUCUCGAAAUGGGUGGCGCGCCGGGACUCAAGCUCGACCAGUACCGAGGCGGAGCGCGUGGUCGCGAAUGGACGGAGCAGGAGACGCUGCUGCUGCUGGAGGGGCUAGAGCUGCACCGCGACGACUGGAACCGCGUCGCCGCGCACGUGGGCACGCGCACGCACGACGAGUGCAUCCUGCACUUCCUGCGUCUGCCCAUCGAGGAGCCCUACCUGCAGGACGGCGCCUCCGGUGGCGUGCUAGGUCCGCUGGCGUACCAGCCGAUCCCGUUCAGCAAGCAGGGCAACCCCGUGAUGAGUACAGUGGCCUUCCUCGCCUCCGUCGUGGACCCGCGCAUCGCCUCCAAGGCUACCGGCGCCGCCAUGGCCGAGUUCGCUGCCAUCAAGGAUGAGGUGCCGGCGGCCAUGAUGGAGGCGCACGUGAAGGCGGCGGAGGCGCACGGGCCGGCCGCCGCGCUGGCCGCCACCGGCAUCGCCGGCACCGCGCCCGACCUGCCGCCGUCUAGCGAAAAGAAAGAAGGCGUCAGCGAAGUGAAGACGGAGGCGAUGGAGGUGGAGGAGGGCGAAGUGAAGCCCAAGGAGGAGCCCGCCGAGCCCGCGCCCGAGGAGCCCAAGGACACUAAAGACGCGCCGCCCCCCACCUCAGAAGGCUCGACACCUUCGACGGUGGACGCGAAGCUGCAAUCCGCAGCCGCGGCCGCGCUGGCCGCUGCCGCCGUCAAGGCCAAGCAUCUAGCCGGCGUCGAGGAAAGGAAAAUCAAGUCGCUGGUAGCACUGCUGGUUGAAACGCAGAUGAAGAAGCUCGAAAUCAAGCUGCGACACUUCGAGGAACUCGAGGCUACCAUGGAGCGCGAGCGUGAGGGUUUAGAAUACCAGAGACAGCAGCUGAUCCAGGAGCGGCAGCAGUUCCACUUGGAGCAGCUAAAGGCCGCAGAGUUCCGCGCGCGCCACCAGGCGCACCAAAGGAUGCAGCAGGAGGGCGGCGCGGCGCCGGCGACGGUGGCGGCGGCGGCGGGGGUGGCGGCGGGGCCGGCGGCCGAGGCGCCGCCGGCCGACGCGGCGCCGCACCACGCAUAGAACCCGCCCGACGCGGCUAUGUCCAUAGCCGCCGUGCUCUAGCCGCCGUGUCCGGCUCCCACCAUGCUGAACUUAGCCGCCUAAACGAAAAACAAAAGCAUGCCGCCCGAUGUUAGAAAACUUCGCGUUCGGACAAAUUCCUACGAUCUUUCUAGUACCUACUGAUGACCGCUGAAGUUUUUGUAAUACCCGAUGGGUAUUUGAAAAAUCACGUGCUGUCUUGCUUCAUUUCUCUCGUCGGUGACUAAUUACAGGAAUGUGUGAUAGGUGUAACUAUGUGCUCUGCGAGCGUUUUACUAUAUUAUUGCGAGUGUGAAGCGACCUUAAAAUAUUUCAGACGAUGACGACGGGUUUAUGUGUUCUACACGUAAAAAAUUAAGCCAAUUUUUACUAGUAUUAUGGAUAUGAUCACAUCUAUUUAUACGGAAAUCUCAAUUUGUAUUGUGGACAACUACACUUUUAUAAGCGAUCCGAAAGAAAUGGCAACUUAUAGGAUGUUGUAACAGACUGAAUCAGUUUAAAACCGAUUUUUGUUCUAUAUAGAGCCACUAUUGUAUCCGAGGCCGCAAUACCCACCAAACGCUGACCUCGGCGCAACUCUGUUACAGAACACUGUGACUGCUUAGUAACAAUACGCGAAUGUCCAUGUAGUUCACUCAAUGGAAAUGGGUAAUGUUUAUAGAAUAACACAAUCAAGGAUAAUAGACAGACAGAUGGACACAUAUAAUAUGAACAUUUUUAUUAUACAACUAUUCAAUCAAACAAAAAUACAUUAACUCUUAUCGUAUAUUUAAAAGGUCCAUACAAUCAUAGAACAUUAAUUUUUAAAUGUGCUCAAUUUUUUUUACUGAUAGGAAUUAAUAAUUAUACUUUUUCUAAGUAUUCUACACGGCCUUGUCAACCCAUCUUACGUAAACACGUAAUUAAUCAUUGUAGUAACUAAGACCUAGUGCAUUUCUACACUAAUUGGUAUAAAUCAACGUACGGUACAUGUUGCAGUGAAUAUUCUAAUCUAUUAUGUGAACUGAUGAUGUGAAAUUAUUGAUGUGAACUGAAUAUCUAGUUUUAAUUCAUUUAAAUGUAAUUAAUUGGCCAUGUACGGUUGAUGCGUGAGUUAGUAUGACUCGAUGAAAAAUAAAUCAUUAAAAUAUUAUAAGUUAUUAUUUUAAGGAAUAGACAUAACAAAAGUAAUGGAAUAAAAACUGUCAAAUA